GGCAGAUUCGACAGAAAUAUUUUCGGACAUAAAGUAAACCUGAGAGAUAAUUCGGUGUUUGGUUUUGGCGUCUUGUAUGUAGUCCCUCUUAUACAUAUAUAAGUUGGUGUCAUUUGCCGUUCUGGGCAACGGGAACUAUGGAUGGACAAAUAGCAGCUGGCUCUGUGUUCAUGUGUCGCCUCUGCAACCUUUUCUCUCACAGUCACACUCAGUUGCUGGGCCACUGCGCCCACCUGCAUCCUGAGCAGGAGUCUCCAGAUGACAUCAUUGUUACAUUGCAGCCUCUUGAAGCAGAGCCUGCUGAGAAGCUGGCAGAGGGUCCAGUGAAGAGAAAACCAGGACGACCAAAGGGCUCUACAAAGAAAUCAAAAAGGGUUUUACAAGAAGGAAUGACCGCUCACUCCUUAGUGGAUGGUUUUGAGCAAAAUAAAAAGGACAACAAGGAGAGAGACCAAUUGUGUAGCUCACUUGAAGACAAAAGUCACGAUGGGGUAUCAGGGCUGGAAUGUAAAAGCUGCCAUCGCUCGUUCAGCAACAGACGACAGAUUCUCAAACACAUCUGCAUCAAAGAAGAUAAUGAUGAAGAGGAGGAUGGGAGCAGCUGUAGUGGAGCAGAAGGUGAAGUUUCUGAAACUGUGAAUCCUGAAGGUGCUGAUUCAAAUCUGAUAAAGCAAAACCAAAGACAAGGACUCACAAGAGAGAAAGAUAUGGAGAUAAAAAGAGUACCAAGGAAAAAACAAAGUCACAAGUCCAAAGAAAAAAGCCAAGCAACAGAAAUCAAGAAAACAGUCAUCAAUGUUGUUUUGACAGAAGACAAAACUAUCCCAGGUAUUUCAAAAAUGGUUCCCGUUGAAGACAAUUCUGCUGAAAUACAGUCUGCAGCUCAAACUCAGCACUCUGCAGUUUCCCACAAUGCAGCAGAAGACGUUUCCAGUGAAGCGCCUGCCUGCAAAGACAACCCUCAAUCAGAGCAGUAUUCAAGCUCAAACUCAGCCACCACAACAACAAAAAACAGCAAAGGCUUCCAGGAAUAUUCUAUCAAGCAGGAUUCUCACAAUUUACCUCACAGCCAAUUGAAGAUCUUCACUUGUGAGUUCUGUAAUUUGAUUUUUAAGUUCAGACACUCACUGGUUGCUCACCUCAGGACACACACCCAGGAAAAACCCUUUCAGUGUCCACACUGUGACUACGCAUCUGCCAUCAAAGCUAACCUGACUGUUCACCUACGGAAGCACACUGGAGAGAAAUUCAGCUGUCAGCAGUGUCCCUUCAGCUGCCUCAGCCCAGGACACCUCAAGGUUCACAUAGAACGAGUCCACCUGAAGGUGAAACAGCACUGCAGCUUCUGUGAGAAAAAGUACUCCGACGUGAAGAACCUGCUGAAACACAUGGAGACGCGGCACAACCUGAAAGACCCUGCAGUUCAACAGAGCUACCAGCAGCUGAGGCUGAAGACUCAGCAGGGCCGCAGGCAGCUUCUGUACCACUGUCCCACCUGCAACCGCCACUUCAAAAACCAGCUGGAGAGGGAGCGGCACCUGCUGGUCCACGGGCCCAAGCGUCCCUUUGCCUGCCUGCUCUGUGACCACGCUGCGACCAAGAUGGCCGCCCUGGCCGCUCACGUCAUGAAGCACCUCUUCAUGUACGUGUGCUGCGUUUGCGAUGACAAGUUCGUGAGUUCCCAGAGACUGAAGAGCCACCUGGAGUCUCACCCCGAGCUGGACCAGGACCAGGCCUUCACGGACUCCAUCAACUGCAGCUACCAUCUGAUUCAGGAGGAGGGAGCCACAUGUGGCGGUGUGGACAUCGAGACGGGCGCAAGGGAGGCGGAUGGAGUAGCUCAGGAGUGCCAAGAAGACGGGGAGAAAGACGACAGCGAAGAAAGAAGUACAGGAGGGGAGAAAGUGAAUGAAGGAAUGGAGAUGGGGGAAAGUGAAUCCCAUAAAGUCCAGGAAACAGAAGGAGCAACAGGAAAAGAACAGCUGGAAAAUGAUGAAGAUCUCAAACGUUCGCAAACCAGAAGAAAUGAGACAACAAGCAAUGAGGAAGCAGGGUCAUCUACCUUUACACCCGAGAGUACAGGCAGUCGUGCAGAGGACACACACACCUCUUCAACAGCAGAGAGCGCUCACACUCCUGCUUUAGAGAACAGGACUCCAGAAACAACAGACACACCAGUUGAACAUACUCUGGUAAUGAGAAACCCCGAUACAAACCAGUCUGACCUGAGCGCCUGUUCAGAGAAGGAGUUGGAGGUCGUCCACCCGAGUGCCUUUCAGCAAGUGUUUUCAUCUCUUCAGAAGACUCAACUCAACAUAGAGACUUUCCAUCGGCUCAGGAAGAUUUAUGGAAACCUGGAAUGCCAGUACUGUGGUAAACUUUUCUGGUACAAAGUCCACUAUAACGUCCAUGUGCGGACGCACACCAAGGAGUACUCCCACUACUGCUCCAAGUGCAGCUACUCCUCCAUCACUAAAAGUGCUCUGAAGCGGCACCAGGUGCAGAAACACAGCGGCGUGCUGCUGCCUUGUUCAUAUCCUGAAUGUAAAUACACCACGCCUGACAAGUGCAAACUCCAAGCCCAUCAGAGGACGCAGCACGAAAAGACAAGGAGCGCCAGCUGUCCAGUCUGCCGGAAAAGUUAUCCCAAUCACAGACUGAAAUACCACAUCAAAUCAUCCCACCCUGACACAUUUCCUGCUCAGGGUAAAAACCUGAUGGUGCAGCGGGCGGAGAAGUGUCCUCACUGUGACUCCUACUUCUUGAAGAACAGCAGUGAUUUUCAGCAGCACAUCUGGGCCCACCAAGGUUUGAAGCCAUACACCUGCAGCGUGUGCGACUACGCAGGACGCAGCAGAAGCAACCUGAAGUCUCACAUGAAUCGACACAACACAGAAAGGCGUCAUCUGUGUGACCUGUGUGGUAAAAAGUUCAAAUCGAAAUUCACGCUGAAGAGCCACAGGCUGAGCCACACAGAUGAAGGGAAACGAUUUCAGUGUUCGGAGUGUGACUACACCUCAGUGUACAGACCGUCCUUACACAGACACAUGGAGCAGCAUGCUGAAUUCAAGCCAUUCCGUUGUGCCCACUGCCACUACUCCUGUAAUGUUGCUGGUGCUCUGAAGCGACACCACAACAUGAAACACUCCAACCAGAAAUACGAGAAUGCCGGACCCGGACUGCCUGAUUCUGAUGAACUGAAGCAGCAAGGUGGUAUGAAGUGUCCUGAGUGCGACUUUGUUUAUGGGACAAAGUGGGAGUUGAACCGUCAUCUGAAGAGCAAACACUGCAUGAAAGUUGUGGAAGGCCCCUGGGAGGUGGAGGAGGAGGUAGAGGCUCAGUAUGUGUCUGUGGAGGAUGAGGAGCAGCUGACAGAAGCACCAUUAGCUGAACUGAAGGACACCGUUAACAUCCAGCAGGUCACAGAAUUCAGCUCAGAAACACAGGAAGCCGUCACCUCCAUGGUUGCCAUGGCUCCAGGGACUGUAACUGUGGUGCAACAGUUGCAGGAAGUCGAUAACUGCAGCAGCCAGCUGAUGGUGCUGGAAGCCAACGGGGGCCUGGAUGGUGACCAGGUGAUGGUGGUGGAGGAAGGGGGCCUGGAGGCGCUGACGGUGCUCACUCAGGGAGAUGACGCCCACCACUAUAUCGUCUAUGUUCAAGAACACACAGUCGAAAUCAACUAACAUUUCAAUCUAUAAACAACAUGACAAUAAUGGGAAAUGUAUGAAAGAUCACUCUGUACGACUUUCCUUCAGUUAUUUAUCGGAUACACAACAAUGAAAACAACAUUUUGUGGCAUGUUUUCUGUACUUGCAAAUUAUAUUUAAAUUAAAUCUUGU